AUACUCGAUUAUUAUAAUCAAUCAUACAUAAAUACAUAAUUAAUAUAUCAUUUAGGUAGGGUAAAGUUCUUGCUCGAUGAGACGAACGACGUCGUACCACCGGUUUUGUGAACCGGAAUAUCUCGGACCCCUUGGUAGCCAAACCGGUCCGGAACUGCCAAUCCCGCCGGCCAAUCGAAACCGGGCGCCCAGACCAUCUUCCGGAAAAAAAAUCAUUAUUUUUUGGGGGAAAUCUCAGUCUCCAUCUGCGGCACUACUCGAAUUCGAAAGAAGCUUCCCACAGAAUGUUAUAGAAGAAUCACAUCCUCGUUUCCCAGAUUUCUGGAACAAUUAUGAAACCGAUCUCAUCCCGAUUCACCUCCUUCCUCCCUUCCUCAAGCCCGCUUCUGCCAAUCCCAACCAGAAGAUACGUAAUCCCGAUUAUGGCCUUCUCUUCGUCUUCAUCUCCACCUGGAACAUCGCCUUCUCGGGAAAACCCUAACGUAAACGACUGGGAAGACGAAGACCAAGAUAAGCUGAGAUUGGUUCUCAGAUACCAUAACCAGACUAAACACUCCUUCACUAACUACGCCAGAGGUCCACGCGGUCUCGACUGGGCUAAUCAACCCAACCCUUUUCGUCGGUAUGUCUCUGCUCCUCUUCUUCCUCUUCAGCACUUUCCCCAAGACAACCACGACAUCGAUGAUUCUCCUCUCUAUUCGUCUCUUUUUGUUUCGCUCCCUCCGCCGAAACCCAUCUCUCUCCCCUCAAUUUCUCAGCUUUUCUACGAUUCUCUCGCUCUCUCCGCCUGGAAAACCACCGGAUUCUCUACCUGGUCCCUCCGGGUCAACCCGAGCAGCGGAAAUUUGCACCCGACCGAGGCUUAUCUCAUCGCCCCACCUAUCGAUGCGAUUGCCGAAUCGGCUUUCGUUGCGCAUUAUGCUCCAAAAGAGCACUCUUUGGAAAUUCGAGCCAACAUCCCAUCCGGGUUUUUCCCAAAAUUCUUCCCCAAGAACUCCUUUCUCAUUGGGAUUUCGUCAAUUUUUUGGCGGGAAGCUUGGAAGUACGGAGAACGAGCGUUCAGGUACUGUAACCACGACGCGGGUCACGCCAUUGGCGCUAUCACCAUCGCCGCCGCUGAGCUCGGAUGGGACGUCAAGCUUCUAGACGGGCUCGGGUUUGAGGAUCUGCAGAGACUAAUGGGACUCCACAUCUUCCCUGAGUUUCAGAUACCAUCAAGACCCGGCAAAGGUAAAUUUCCAGGGAUCGAAUUCGAGCAUCCUGACUGCCUACUGCUUGUGUUUCCCAACGGAACUAGAGAUUUCACAGUAAACUACGACGAACUGAGCUCUGUGAUCGCACAAUUUCCGAGUUUGGAAUGGAAAGGAAAACCCAAUGCUCUCAGUAAGGAGCAUGUUUGUUGGGAUAUAAUAUACAGGACUGCUGAAGCAGUGAAAAAGCCGAUAUCGUCAGUCUCCAAAUUGUUCUCUGUUGAUCUCUUCAGAAGCAGCGGUGUCUUAAACCAAGGCUCGUACAAGGGGCUGACAACGAGACAGGUCGUGAGGAAGAGGAGGAGCGCAGAUGACAUGGACAGAGUUACGUUCAUAGACCGAUCAAUGUUUUACCAGAUUCUGCUCCACUGUCUUCCUUCUGGUUCUGAUAGUGGCAGGAAGCAGACAAAACAAAUGGCACUGCCGUUUCGGGUUCUUCCAUGGGAUGCUGAGGUCCAUCUUGCUCUGUUUGUGCAUAGAGUUUUGGGCUUGCCAAAGGGUUUGUACUUCCUGGCCAGAAAUGAGGAUCAUGUCAGUGAUCUCAAGAAAGCUAUGAGGUCCGAGUUCGAGUGGAUCAAACCAGAUGGGUGCCCUGAUGAUCUUCCAUUGUAUGAGCUCGCUCGAGUAGAUUGCCAAAAUCUGGCGAAAGAUCUAUCGUGUCAUCAGGACAUUGCGAGCGAUGGCUGCUUUAGCCUGGGCAUGGUAGCUCGGUUUGAGCCAGCCCUGCGGGAGAAGUUUCCAUGGAUGUACCCUCGCCUGUUCUGGGAGACUGGUGUUCUUGGCCAGGUUUUGUACUUGGAAGCGCAUGCAAUUGGCAUAUCUGCGACUGGGAUAGGCUGCUACUUCGAUGACCCUGUGCACGAAUUGCUUGGGAUUAAAGACGGGACCUUUCAGAGUCUGUACCAUUUCACGGUGGGAGGUCCUGUUCUGGACAAGCGGAUCAUGAGUCUUCCCGCAUAUCCUGGUCCAAGCCUCGAUGCUUAAACACAAAUGCUCCCGUUUGCCGUGUCGUGUCUGUUCAUGCACGCGUGUAAAUAUCUCUGUCUGUGGUUACAAACUUCUCGGUCACGGGUUUAUCCCUUUGAGGGUUUUUCUGUGGUGGUGAUGGACGUUUCAAUGGGCUCACAACCACGGGCUUCCUUUUAAAAGUUACCCAAUUAUUAUAA